UAAUUCACCUACUUGAUUAUUCCUCUACCUUACUAUCUUCUUAUACCUUAUACCUUUUUGUAUAGUUGCCAACCUUUUCUGGCAUAUCUAAGGACGUUGCCGUUUCUCCACGCGCAAGUCUUCCACAUUGAUACAUACAUAUACAUAUAUUACUUACAUACCGACCGACCGACAGUCCUACAUAUUGUACCUACAUCGUCGUUUCAACGAUACACACCGAGCCUGUAUCUCUCUAGGGGGCGAUGUUCUUCUCCAUUUCUCUUCUUUGAUGGCGCUCCCUUAUUGACCUAAGCUGCGUGGACCGGCGAGAGAGCGACCAUGACGCGGGAUGACGGCCGCAUCACCUCCUUCGCGAGUUCCAGCAGCGGACACUCCAACAUUACCGUGAAGCCUUCUGCUCCUAGUCGUUCAGUUUCUGUCUCCUCAGCCUCGACUAAAGCUACCCCAAGACCUAUAAAGACGAGCGACCAUGGCAAAUUCAGACAGUUUAAAGAAGACGCCCCAGUCUCACCAACGGCGUCCGGUCAUCGCAUUGCUUUGUCACCAUCUUCGACCGCGUCCAGUAGCUCCCUCCUCGAUACCCGUCGUAUGAGUGAUUUGACCAACUAUCGCCGCGACCUUGCCGUACUUGAUCCAUCUGGUGGUCGCAUCCCACAAAUCCAACGAGAUCCUCCGAUGACUAGUCCGAAUUCCCAGCAAAAUAUGCCUCCAUGGAUGUCUGUUAACAGCGGCGCAGCUGCCUCCCCGACCGGAUUUGGAACGAGUUUUUACAACGAUUCGAGCGAUAACGUCUCAACCACCUCACAAUUAUCACCUGCUCUUCGAAUGGCCCCUUCACGGCCUCAAGCAGCGUCGAGCACCGAUUCACCCGAUGGGGCAUAUUUCACCGAUGACAGACGGCCAUCGGCAGCCAGCGUGACGACGGCUAGUAGCCAAGGUUCUAAGAACAGUGGUAGCAGGGGCGGAUUUAAGAAGCUACAGGGGUUCUUCGGGGAGGAUUUCCCUGGUCGCGAUUCAUCCGACAUCAGCCUACCACAACCUCCGCUUACCCAAGGCCAGGUGAAGGAACAACGGUCUUACUCCUUCAACAGACCGCGUCGAGGCCGAAAUGAUUCCAAUGCUACUGACCAUACUAGAGAGCCAUCGCCAUCCUCCUCCCGACCACGAACACCAGUACCAUCAAGCGACGUAGUCCCAUUUUUAUAUCAGGAAGUCAACGAUAUCGCUAAAUACGGCGAGGCUCCAGUUCGCGACGCGCUUGCCGGACCGGACAGAGAGCGUUAUACGCAGGAAAACCCCAGCCAGAUACCGCCGAAAACUUCGUCGUCCUCUCGCUCUCAACACUCCAUCGUCCAUAUGCACGGCCACCACCGCCACCAUAAGAGCAGCGAUGAUCCUAAUUCGUUACGGCCGGUAGUCAGUCGUGAGGACUCAGCCUUGAGUGUUCAUAACAUGAAAGACAGAACGGGGACCGCAAUUUCUGCGGCGCGAUCGCGAGCUCAGAGCCCCACACCAAGCAGCAAUAGCAAUGGCAGUAGACUCGCGUCUAUCGAUGGCCAAACAUCGCCUGGUGGUCCCAAUAAACGAAACUUUCUCGAUCGCCUACGACGACACAAGCACCACAAGGACGACGCGCAGUCCUCUCGUUUAAGAGGCCUGCCUAGUUCUACUCGCUCUCUAGCAACUUCGUCGUCGAGGCAGGAUUUGUUGAAGGGGAUGCAGUCGCCUUACGACAAACCUCUACCUACUCCUUCCGAACCCGCCCCGCCUCCAUCUCGCCCAGGUAAUCCUCGACAAGCGACUUUCAAUAAUAAAUUUCCCUUCUCUAAGAAGGGCCGUCCGCAUAAGUUCCACGAUGACUUCGACGAACACAUAGGUCCGACCGAGAGGAAUGAUAAGGGCAUGGUAUUUCACCUCGAUACGAACCUUAGCGAUAUGGAGGGGAUCCUAGCUCAACCUCCACCGUUGACGCCUAUGGAGCCGUCGGACUUGCUAGCUGACAUGGAAUUCCUUGAACCAGCUGUCCAACAAGCCAAAGGAGGAAAUGGAGUAUGGAAUGCGCCGGACAGCUGGGCUGUCCGUCGCACUGCAGAGGAGCGGGAAGCUCACGUCCCCGAAGUCGACGAUGUUGGAACGCCACCUCGACCGGAAGAAAAAUUGAGUCCUCACUGCAUCAGAGUGUUCCGUGCCGAUGGCACUUUUGCUACCGUGCAAAUGCCCUUGAACUCGACUGUGCACGAUGUUAUGAUGCAAGUCAUUAAGAAGACUCGUGUUACCGAGGGUCAUAAUUACCAUAUAGUAUUGAGGAAGCAUGACUUGUCUCGGGUCUUAGCGGCUCCGGAGAAGCCUCUUCUGAUUCAAAAGCGACUUCUCCAACAAGUGGGAUAUGAAGAGAAAGAUCGUCUAGAGGAUAUUGGCCGCGAGGAUAACGGUUACCUAUGCCGUUUCUUAUUUUUGUCGGCCAGGGACAACCAUUUUACAAUGACUCCUCAGGACCUUGGACUUGGUAGGGCUACGAAGUUUAAUCAUGUUGAUCUCUCUGGACGGAAUUUGAUUACGAUCCCUAUAACGCUCUACUCCAAGACCAACGACAUCAUAUCGUUAAAUCUUUCAAGAAAUCUUUCUCUCGACCUCCCGCGAGACUUUGUCACGUCGUGUCCGCAGUUGCGCGAUAUCAAAUAUUCCAACAACGAAGCUCGGAAAUUACCCAUCAGCAUCGGGAAGGCAUGUCGGCUUACGUACCUUGACGUGUCGAACAACCGAUUAGAAGAGUUGGAACAUGCCGAGCUUAGCAACCUGACGGGUUUAUUGAAGUUAAGCUUAGCAAACAAUCGCCUGAACCGCCUUCCUCAAGACUUCGGCGCUUUUAGGGCUCUUCGCUCCUUGAAUCUAUCCUCGAAUUUCUUAGAUAAAUUCCCGGCCUUCUUAGGUGAUCUGGAGAGUCUAAUUGACAUCGACAUUAGUUUUAAUUCUAUCGCCUCCCUCCCCGAUGAUUUUGGCAAGCUUCGAAACCUCGAAAAAUUUGUCAUGACUAAUAAUCGACUCGCGGGAUCGUUGCCAGACGCCUUGUGCGAAUUGACAAGCCUUCGCGAAUUGGAUAUAAAAUACAAUACGCUCACUGCGAUCGAUGUUGUCUCCGAGCUUCCUAAGCUGGAAAUAUUGUCCGCGGACCACAAUAUGAUAUCUCAAUUUGUUGGCAGCUUUGAACGAGUUCGCCUUCUCAAACUAAAUUCUAAUCCUAUCACCAAGUUCGAAAUCACAAGCCCUAUGCCGACUCUAAAGAUGCUAAACUUGUCAAACGCUCAACUUGCCAGCAUAGACGGUUCAUUCAACAACAUGGUCAAUUUGGAAAGACUUGUCUUGGACCGAAAUUACUUCGUUUCUCUUCCCAAUACGAUCGGCAACCUGAGAAGACUGGAGCAUUUCAGCAUAGCUCAUAACUCUGUGGGUGAACUGCCUUCGGAAAUCGGAUGCUUGAAUGAAUUGAAACUACUGGAUGUUAGAGGGAACAACAUUAGGAAGUUGCCCAUGGACCUAUGGUGGGCGAACAAGUUGGAGACGCUGAACGCCUCGUCGAAUGUUCUGGAGAAUUUCCCCAAACCUGCAUCCCGUCCGCCACAAAUGCCUGGCGAGUCCUCGGGAUCUCCGGCCCCUAUUAACAAAGCUCCAAGUGGACCGCUAUCCCAAACAUCCAGCUCCGAAGAUCUUACACCUGACGGAUUCCGACGGCCUAGCCAAGCAUCAAGCACAUUACUUAGCGUUGGGCCCUCCCCUGUUCCGAACGGCGCGGAUCGGAAGAGCUCUGUCGUUUCGGUCUACGGAAAGGGCGGGCGAAAAACAUCGGUUGUCUCACGAAGCACUACAGCUAGUAGUGUCAAUGGAUCUACGCCCGGAAUUAUGACCCCUUCUGCAUCAUCGAGGAAAGAUUCCGGACUUUCCAAUCGGUUGACUAACACGUUUGCCGGCUCGCUGAGAUACCUAUAUCUUGCUGACAAUCAGCUUGACGACGACGUGUUUGAUCAAAUCACACUUCUAGCUGAAUUACGUGUCCUAAAUUUAUCCUACAAUGAUCUCAGCGAUAUGCCACAGCGCUGCAUUAAGAAUUGGCCUCAGCUUGUGGAACUCUACCUAUCGGGCAAUGACCUUACUAGUCUGCCGGUUGACGACCUGGAGGAGUAUAGUUUAAUCCAGGUGCUUCAUAUCAACAACAACAAAUUCACAAAUCUCCCAGCAGAUAUCUCUCGUGCCAAGAAAUUGGCUAUACUGGAUUGUGGAAACAAUUCCCUCAAAUAUAAUAUUUCAAACGUACCUUACGAUUGGAAUUGGAAUCUAAAUCCAAAUUUGCGAUUCCUUAAUUUGUCAGGAAACAAACGUUUGGAAAUCAAACAUACCAAUCUUGGGCUUGGGUCCCAGAGUCGCGAGCAGUACACUGAUUUCAGUCGAUUGCUAAAUCUCCGUGUUCUUGGGUUGAUGGAUGUAACUCUUACUCAGCCUAGUAUACCGGACCAAAGCGAGGAUCGCCGUGUCAGAACUUCCGGUUCAUUAGCUGGCCAACUCCCGUAUGGCAUGGCUGAUACCCUAGGCAGGAAUGAGCAUUUGUCAACAAUUGAUCUGGUCGUUCCAAGAUUCAACUCUUCAGAUACAGAAACGCUUUUAGGUUUGUUUGACGGCCAAGCGCUAUCUAGCGGUGGCUCUAAGAUCGCCAAGUAUUUACACGAGAACUUCGGUCACAUCUUUACGAUGGAGUUGAAGGCUUUGAAGCCUCACCUACAAGAGACCCCUAAUGAUGCACUAAGACGCGCGUUUCUGGCUCUCAAUAAGGACCUUGUCACUGUAGCUAUCGAACAUACCGAAAAGAGGCCAUUGAUGUCGCAUCGUGGCUCAUCAGCGCCCGUCGUUCUUAGCAAGGAAGAUCUCAAUUCCGGCGGUGUUGCAACGGUCGCGUACCUUCAGGGCCAAGAGUUAUAUAUUGCCAAUGUUGGUGACGCACAAGCUAUGCUUAUCCAAUCAGACGGCACACAUAAGAUCCUGACUCGGAAACAUGACCCUGCUGAGCCAAGUGAGCGACAGCGAAUACGCGAUGCCGGAGGUUGGGUGUCACGGCAAGGAAAACUAAACGACUUGCUUGAAGUUUCUCGUGCCUUCGGCUACGUUGACUUGAUGCCAGCCGUACAAGCAGCUCCCCAUAUUACCCAAAUGUCUAUCACACCGCAGGACGAGACAAUACUGAUAGCAACGAAAGAGUUAUGGCAAUAUCUCACGCCGGGUUUAAUAGUGGAUGUCACUCGAUCGGAGCGAGGCGAUCUCAUGCGCGCUUCGCACAAGUUACGAGAUCUUGCCAUCGCCUAUGGAUCAACAGGGAAAAUCAUGAUCAUGAUGAUCAGUGUUGCUGAUCUGAAACGGCGCCAGGAACGGUCCGCUCGGUUACACAGAGGACAGAGCAUGUCGUUGUAUCCCUCUGGUGUCCCAGACGAAUUCCAGUACCAACCGAAGCGAGGCAGGAAAGCCAAAGGCGAGGUCCAAGAUUCCACAUUACACCGACUUGAAGCUGAAGUUCCCGCUCCUAUUGACAAGCCUUCCAUCGUUUUCACAGAUAUCAAGAACUCGACUAACCUGUGGGAAAUGUACCCCUCGGCUAUGAGAUCCGCGAUCAAACUCCACAAUGAAGUUAUGCGCCGGCAGCUUCGCAGGAUCGGUGGAUACGAAGUCAAGACUGAAGGAGAUGCUUUCAUGGUCUCUUUCCCUACUGCCACCUCGGCGUUGCUGUGGUGCUUCGCCGUCCAGACAUCAUUACUUGGUGUGGACUGGCCUGCCGAAAUUCUUAACUCGGUUUCGUGUCAGGAAACAUAUGACAAGGACGGCCAACUCAUUUUUAGGGGCUUGUCAGUCAGAAUGGGUAUUCAUUACGGUGAGCCAGUGGCCGAGAUUGAUCCCGUCACGCGCCGUAUGGAUUAUUUUGGCCCUAUGGUAAAUAAGGCAUCUCGUAUAUCCUCUGUAGCAGACGGGGGUCAGAUCACCGUGUCGGCGGAUUUCAUUUCGGAGAUUCGCCGCUGCCUAGAGACAUAUUCAGAAAACGAUCGAAACGGGUCUACUGGUUCCGCGGAUACCUUCGAUGAUGAUAUGGUAACGGCAAUCAUACGAGAGAUGAAGUCGCUGAGUUCGCAAGGAUUCGAGGUCAAGGAGAUGGGUGAGCGGAAAUUGAAAGGUCUUGAAAACCCGGAGUAUAUUUACUCCCUCUACCCACACUCUCUCGCAGGUCGCAUAGACCACCAUAGCAGCGCUACGGUGGCCGAGGUUGCCGAGAAGCCCGCUACACUCCAAGCAGGAAGUGACAUCGGAUUUGAUCCGGAGCAUAUCUGGUCUCUAUGGAAAGUCAGUCUUCGCCUUGAGAUGCUUUGCAGCUCUUUGGAAGAGCUUUCCGGUAGGGGUCUGCAACCGCCUGAGACCGAGCUAUUGGAGCGUAUGAAGCAACGAGGUGGCGAGGUUACGGAGCGGUUCCUAUUUAACUUCAUGGAACACCAAGUGAGCCGUAUAGAGACAUGCGUAUCGACCCUCACUAUGCGGCAUAUUGCGAUGGGCAGCGGCCCAAUCACCACUCUAGAUGAUCUCCGAACUCCAAUGGCCGUCGUCCUCGAUAACCUAGCCGUGCAGUUAGCCGAACUCGAGAGGUAUAAAGCGAAAUACGGAGAACUUGUUACCGACAGUGAAGACAACGAUUUGUCUGAUGACGACUUCUAAUUGGUCACGUCUUUUGCCUCCCAUAUAGUAUACGAAUUCGGUUCGGCAUUCCACACAUCUCGGCGUAUCAUCUUGCAUUCUUCACGCAUCCAAAUUGGGACAUAGUAUCCCUCCUAUAUACAAUAUACGUCUCUUGUAAUGUGCUACGACGAAAAUAACACGACUGCUGGCGAGGGCAAGGUGAUUUGGUUCUGCUUUUUAAAGUCAUAGGCGGGGGUGGUGCAACUGAAAUAUGAGCAACGGCGUCAUGCGAACAGCCGAGGGCUCAAACGGGGUCAAGUAUG